AUGUACCGUGUACUCCGCCACCUCAUCCCCUAUAAAUGCCUCGUCUAUCUUGACGACAUCAUUGUAUUUGGGCGUUCCACAGAAGAGCACAAUUCAAACUUACGGGAGGUUCUGGAGGCGCUCCAGGAAGCUGGCCUUACCCUCAACCCAACUAAAUGUCUUUUCCUCCGCUCCGAAGUUCAGUUCCUCGGUCACCUUAUUUCCCCCGGCCGUAUCUCCCCACUGCCAGACCGGAUUAAACACAUACGUACGUGGCCGACCUCGACCAACCAAACGGAGCUGCGGAGUUUCCUGGGCCUCGCGUCGUACUACCGACGUUUCAUCCGGGAUUUUGCCCAGAUCGCCGCCCCCCUGCACAAACUAACCGAGAAAGGUCGGCCUUAUACGUGGUCCGCCGAUUGCGACACCGCCUUCAACACCCUACGUGCGGCAUUAUGCUCGGCACCACUCCUAACCCUCCCAAACGUCGACGACGACGCUCCACCGUUCAUCCUAGAUACGGAUGCAAGUGGGUUCGCCAUUGGGGCUGUCUUAUCCCAAGUCGGUAAGGACGGCGUAGAACACCCUAUUUGUUUCGCCAGCAACACGCUGACCAAGACACAGCGUAACUACUGUACCUUCAGGCGAGAACUGUUGGCGAUCAUUACGUUCAUUCGCCAGUUCAAACACCUCCUUGUCGGUCGACGGUUUAUCCUACGUACAUACCAUCGCGCCUUACAAUGGCUACGCUCCAUCAAGGACCCGAAGGACCAGCUAGCCCGUUGGCAGGAGUUUUUACAGGAUUUCGACGUUGAGUGCCAGUUCCGCCCGGGACACAAACAUGGUAAUGCGGACGCACUCUCACGCCUUCCUAACACAGCCAACCUGGCAAGCGAACCUCACGACGCGGCCGUUAACGCUGUAAUUUUUGCCGAACCAACCCGUUACGCCUGGUCGUCAGCCCAGAGCUCCGACCCUGAUACAGCAGUCAUUUACUACCAUUUGACCCAAGGGCUGUCUAAACCCAGUGAACAAGCGAUGCGCGGAACGAGCCAGAACGCACGUUCGCUGUUGAACCAAUGGCCCCAUCUAGUCGUCCUACACGAUAUCUUAUUCUUCCGCGAUCCCUCAUCCCACCAUCUACGUCCAGUGGUUCCAGGCUGUUUGGUUGACACCGUACUAGCCGACCUACACUCAGAGUUAGGCCAUUGCGGCCAACGCCGGACAGAGCUAGCCGCCCGCACACGCUUUUGGUGGCCGCAGUUGCGUACUUCCGUCGCCCACUUCUGUCAAUCAUGCACCACGUGUGCCUCCUUCAAAACGCCCCACCCCACCCGCCGAGCCCCGAUGCAACCGAUGACCACCGGGUUCCCUGGUGAACGCGAAGGGCUUGACAUCAUCGGGCCGCUCCCCAUCUCUGUCCGAGGCUAUGAAUACAUCCUUGUCAUGGUGGAUUAUUUCACCAAAUGGGUCGAGGCCACUCCCCUCCUCCGACAGGAUGCCACCUCUGUCGCAAACGCCAUUACGAGCACUUGGAUAAGACGCUGGGGUGCCCCGUUAGCGUUUCAUUCAGACUGCGGCAGCAAUUUUGAUUCCCAGUUAUUCAAGGAUGUCUGCGAUACCCUCCGGAUACACAAAACGCGAACCACACCUUACCACCCGGAAGGAAACGGCCUUGUGGAGCGCACGAACCGAACGCUGCACAACCUCCUGCUCGCUUUUUCUAAGGAUAGCCAUGAGCACGACUGGGACGUACACCUGCCCUUCUGUCUCUUAGCCUACCGCGGCUCCGUCCAUUCCUCCACCGGCUUCACUCCCCACUACCUAUGGACCGGAAGAGAUAUACGCCUGCCGAUCGACCUCCUCUACCCCUUACCCAGACCCGACGCAACAACCCCACACGAUUACGCCGCACGCCUACGCGAGAUUAUACGUAGCGCACAUAAUGCGGCCCGGACGAUUCUAGGCAAAUCAUCCCUCCAUCAAAAGGAGCAGCACGACCGGCAUUCAUCCGGCGCUACGCAUGAGAUCGGCGACCUCGUCAUGUAUUAUAACCCUGCACACCCCCGCGGAACGUCCGCCAAGUUCCAUUACCCCUGGCAAGGACCCUUCGUCGUCUUAGACACCCCCUCGCCCACCACCCUACUUAUCCGUGACGCCAUCUACCCUAACGCCCGCCCCUUUACCGCACACUUCGAUAAGCUUAAACCCUACCGAGGCCGCCUACCAACCUGUUCCCCGACUCUCUACCCAUACUCCCUGCUGACCAGGUUCCCCCAGUCGCCAUCGAGGUCACUGUUCCCCCACCCCUCGUCGAUCUCAGCACUGAGGACAGUGCUCCACCUUAGGGGGAGGGCUAUGUAA